CCCCUGUUCCUCUGCUGCCGGACAUGGCGGCCAAUGACGAUGAUGAUGAAGAUGAAGAUGAUGAUGAUGAUGACGACGACUCCGAGGACGCCCUGAAUGAGUUCGACUUCCUGGGAUCGGGGCAGAACAACGGGAGGAACCGGGGACAGAGCGGGGACAGGGGCGCUGUCUCUAUGGGGCUCCAUGGGCUGCCCGACCUGCGGGACGUGGACGGGAUCGCGGCCACGGGGGGGAGACAAGGUAACAAACCCCAUAGAGACCCCAUAGAUACAGCCCCAUUGAGAACAUAGAGACCC